CUAUAUUUUAUGUUGGAUAUCUCGCAAUGCAGAUUCCAAACAGUUAUAUGAUGCAACGCUUACCUUUAGGAAAACUGGUUGGAGCCAUUGUCUUCGUAUGGGGAGCUAUUAUAGCAUUAACCUCGCUAGGAAAGAAUUUCUCACAGCUGGCUGGACUUCGAUUUCUGCUUGGUUUAUUCGAAGCCUGUGUCAAUCCAAAUUUUAUGCUUUUGACAAGCAUAUUCUACCGUAAGCAAGAAGUUGCUUCUAGGCUUGGUGCUUGGUGGUUGGUUAACGGACUAUGCUCCUCCUUCGGUGGUCUUGUCGGAUAUGGUAUUGGCCAUAUGGAAGGAAUUCAAGGGCUGCACUCAUGGCAAUGGAUUAUGAUUAUCCUAGGAUCAGUUACCAGUCUUCUCGGUAUCUUUGUCUUCUUCUUCUUGAUUGAUGACCCUAGAUCGCCAAAACUUCAUUUGACAGAUGAACAAAAAGUCAUAAUGGAGGAACGCCUGAAAGAUACUGGUAUCAAGAGGUCAAAUAAAAUUGAAUGGGACCAAGUUAGAGAAUGCUUCAAGGAUCCCAAGACCUAUGCAUGGUUCUUAAUUUCCCUGCUGGUCAACAUUUCCAACGGUGCUUUAACCACAUUUUCAGGACUCAUUACUGUAGGACUUGGGUUUUCUGGUCUCAAUGCAAUUUUACUUGGUAUUCCUUCGGGAUUUAUGGACAUCGCAUUCAUCGUUUUUGCAGGAUGGAUACACGGCCGUACUGGAGACUCCUUGUAUACAGCUGCCGUAUUCAUCUUCGUUACUAUCGUCGGUCUUAUCUUCUUAAUCGUGCUGCCAACUGUCGCCAAAUUAGCGGGUCUUUAUCUGGUCUACUCAUACGUUGCUGCAUAUAUUCUGUUCCUUAGUUCAGUGGCUGCCAAUACUAGCGGGUACACAAAGAAACUGCUCACCAACGCAGUCGUCUUAAUUGGCUAUACAAUUGGCAACAUCAUUGGGCCCCUAAUCAUGACAUCUAACCAAGCUCCUCUUUAUGUCGGAGGUGUAGUCGGUUGUAUAUCUGCGAAUGUUGUUGCCAUGGUGGUCUUCAUCGCAAUCCGUACAUGGAUGUCUCGCAUGAACAAGAAGAAGGCUGCAAACCCGACGCGAAAGGCUGAAGACGGUGAAGAUUUGACCGACUUGCAGGAUCCCAAUUUUGUAUAUAGACUCUGAGUCAAUAUUUCUGAUGUAUCUCACCUAUUAUCCUUCGUGUAUUUACUUUGUAGAUGAAAGCGUUUACUAUGCAUUUAACUGCUAUAAAUGAUAGAAGUGGGAUAGUGAAAACAGU